CUUUCCUGCGUUCCUUCGCCCUCGUUUCACUAGCACUUUCGGUUCCAUCCGUCAAAGCAAUGAUUUGACAUCAUCUGGUACAUUUUGGAGGAAUAAUUACCCCGCUACCCCUCCACAACUUCAACUGCCAGUCUCGGAGCUGUGUUAUCUACAGCAUAUUAGCCAGGCAAGGCUGCAGAUACGACGUACAUGAUUCUCAGUCAAAGCUUAAAGAGUCACCAAGAUGUUACGAAUGCCACAGGUCAUUUUUAGGAAUAAAUUCCUUCUUCCUUCUCUUCCUCCUCCAACGUGCAAGAAGGUGUUGAUCACAGGAGCAUCAGGCGGUCUGGGCUUAGCAGCUGCGGUACAUUAUAUCAAUUUAGGCGCUUCACUAGUAAUCAUCACCGCCCGCGAUGCCUCAAAAGGAGAAGCAGCCAUCGCCUCAAUCGAAGCUCAAACCGGCACCGUCUGGAAAGGAAUCGUCAAGCUUAUGCUCCUAGACAUGAGUGCCUUCGCUUCAACCAAAUGCUUCGCCGACAAACUCAAAUCGGAGAUCCAAGAGAUUGACAUUGUCCUGCUAAACGCCGGUGCAUUAAACACAUCCUUCAACCUCAGAUCAGAGGGGUAUGAGGAAACGAUCCAAGUCACAGUUCUCAGUACCGCGUUAUUAGCUCUGCUUCUAUUGCCGUGGGUGAAAGUCGCUGGGAAGGGAAAAGCGCAUCUGGGUUUCGUGACGAGUGGGACACAUCGGCGUGCAGCCAUUGACACCUGGCCGAAAGACAAUGUGCUUCAAUGGCUGAGUAAGGAAGAGAAUUGGCCAUGCAGUAUGUAUGCAACAGCCAAGUUACUAGAGCAAUAUGUUGCGAACGAGAUUGCGAAGUUGGCCGUAAACCCUUUUGGGGUCCCUGAGGUUAUUGUGAACUCAAUGUGUCCUGGAAUGGUGAAAUCAGACCUCGGAAGAGCAUAUAAGAAGAAUUAUCUGCUCUCGCUGGGUGUAGAUAUUUUCUCGAAUCUGGCUAUGAAGACGACGGAAGGUGGUGCGAGGACGCUUGUUCUUGCAACGAUGACUACGCCAGACGAGAAUGGGAAGUAUUAUACGAAUUACCAGUCAGAUGAGGACUAUAAGCUGGCUGUCCAACACAACAUACUUGGACCAGAAGGACAGGAGAUGCAGGCAGAAGUUUGGAAGGAGGUUUUGGCAAUUCUGGAGGAGCAAGUCCCUGACGCGAGAGAGAUACUGCACCGAGCGAUGGCACAAUACCCUUUGAUGCGCCUCUGAUUUAGUAAUUGGCUCAUGUUCUUGUAAAUUUGUAAUGGCGUGCGUCUUUCUCUUGAAAUUAUCUCGCACAUUGAUAUCCUGACUUCAUGAUUCGUGAUUCGUUUCUUCGUUGCCACCGCCAUGCUUCGGUCGCAGUCUACUUUGCGAUUCGUAAUUGUUUGAAGAAGCCUUGGAGCAAUCAGAUCAUCGUUCAUCAAGUCUCCCGGUUUCCGGUGUUAACUGAAGUAAACAACCAUAUCUCC